UAAAAUGUUUUUUUCGCCAUUUUAAUAAUUUUUUCAAAAAAAAUCCAAAACACAAGAUUAUUUUCUUAUCUAUGGUAGCUGGAGCAUUGGAUCCCCCAAAGUAACACCAAGGUUCAAGCGGAGAGCAGGCGAUGGCGAUGGGCGGACGAGAGGCGCAGCCCGCGAAACAACUCGAGGAAUGCACUGUUUCCAACGCCCUUGGGACAUGGGUGUUUUCUGUUGCCGGUGCUUUGCUUGCAAUACCAGUGGGUAUAAAGAGGAAGUCAUUGGGACCCCUUGUAUUCUUUGGGACAACCGGAACCAUGCUUGAUAUCAUUAUGGGAAUCAAUGCGUGUGAGAGAGAACACGCCGAACGCCAGAUGAAGCUUAUGGAAGCACAAAGUCCUCCACCAGACACCACAAUAGAGUGAUCCUUUUGCCGGAUUGCUUUUGAUUCU